AUGUCUGCUGAAACCUACGCUGACGCUGCUAAGCCAGCAUCCCCUGCCACUGCGCCAACACAAGAGCCUGCAGCUGAGUCCAUUGAGACCGUUGCUGCUGAAAAGGCUCCACAGGACUCCACUGACUCCCACUUGCCCUCGCCAAAGGCCUCUCCAAAGAAUGCCAAACAACAGGUGAAGCUGGCCCCGGCACCUGUUCCUGAGGUGAGUGCAUGGGGGUCUUCAUCCACGGAGGGCUCCAGAUCCAACUCCAACGUUGAUUCCAAGCAUUGGCCUUCUCCUCUAGAGGUGCCACAACAGCAAUCACAACAGCAACAGUCCGGUGGAAAGAAACAGGCUGUUGUAAAGAACACCUCGAAGGAGAAGUGGGUCCCAUUCAAUGCCUCUGUUGUGUUAGCACAGCCUGCGAAGAAAUCGACGCAGAAGAGAAACCAGAAGAACCAUGGUGGCUUGAACAACAAGCAGGUCAACUCUGAUGCUAAGAAGAGAAAGAACAAAUCUAAGCAGGGAACACACAACUCAGCACAACAGUCACAGUCACAGCAGCCACAGGCGCAGCAGCAAUCACAACAGCAGUCACAGUCUCAACAGCAAUCGCAGGCUCAGGAUUCAGCCAAGUCCCCAGCCAAUGACACUGUUGCAUCCACUGCUUCCACUGACUCUGCAGAGAAGUCUGGUGUCGCAUCCCAACAUCAGCAGACCCAGCCAAACCAACAUCAGCAUCAUAACCAUUAUCAUAACCACCGUCAUCACCAUCAUAAUCACCACCAGAACGCUGCCAAUGGAGGUGCUGCUGCCGGUAAUGCCAACAACAACGGCCAGCAUUACCCUCAACAGUUUGCCCAAGGCUCGAGACCUUUCCGUCCUUAUAACGGCAACGGUAAUCGUCGUUUCAGCAAGAACGGUGCGCCAUUCCGCUACAACAAUGGCCAUUACAACAACCAGGCCGGUGGAUAUCCUCAGGGCUUCUACUACAACGCACGCAAUUUCAUCGUCAACAAGAACGAACCAACGUAUUCACUAACGAAACAGAUCGAGUACUACUUCUCAAUUGAGAACUUGGCCAAGGACCUGUUCUUGCGUAAGCACAUGAACUCUGAAGGUUGGUUGAACUAUGAGGUUGUGGCCAACUUCUACAGAAUGCAGGUGCUGAGUGGUAAUGAUCUCUCUCUUGUGAAGAAGGUGUUGUUGGAGUUGAACGGUUCCUUAGUUGAAGUUGGUGAAGCUGGCGAGCUGACGGUGAUCAGAGUCAAGGACAACCAUAAGAUCUGGGUCCUUCCAGCUGAGCAGAGAUUGGCAAGUGUCGAAGGUGAAGUUACGAUAAUUGCCCCAAAGGUUGAUGAGGAGGGCGAAACCAGAGCUUCUGAGGCCACUGAAGCCACUGAGACUGAAGCCACUGAGACCAAGUCCACUGAGACUGAAGCUGCUGAAACCACUAAUGAGAAUGAUGAUGUCAAGGAGGAUAACUAG